GUGGCGUCGAGGGUGACGGACAACCCCCAAGAUGGCGGCGGGCCAGGGGCGGGCUGAGAGUGCUGCGUCCCUGCGGCUCUCCUGUCACUGAGCGGCCGAUCGGCGGCGCUGAAUCGCCCGACGCGGGGCAGGGGCAGGAGGCGCCCUUCGCGCACUGUGGCCGGCGAUGGCCACCAUGGAGAAGCUCAUGAAAGCCUUCGAGUCCCUCCGCUCCUUCCAGCAGCAGAGCCCCGCCGCCUCAGCCGCCGCCGCCGCCGCCCCUCCUCCUGAGGAGCCGCCCCAGAGGCCAAAGAAAGACCUUUCUACCACCAAGAAAGAUCGAGUGAAUCAUUGCCUAACAAUAUGUGAAAAUAUAGUUGCUCAGUCUCUAAGAAAUUCUCCAGAGUUUCAGAAAUUGCUGGGCAUUGCUAUGGAACUUUUUUUGCUUUGUAGCGAUGAUGCAGAAUCAGAUGUAAGGAUGGUUGCUGAUGAAUGUCUCAAUAAAGUUAUCAAGGCUUUGAUGGAUUCUAACCUCCCAAGGUUACAGUUGGAACUCUACAAAGAGAUUAAAAAGAAUGGUGCUUCUCGAAGUUUGCGUGCUGCCCUUUGGAGGUUUGCUGAACUUGCACAUCUUGUUCGCCCCCUAAAAUGCCGGCCAUACUUAGUAAACCUGUUACCCUGCCUAACACGGGUGUGCAAGAGGUCUGAAGAAUCGGUACAAGAGACACUGGCUGCAGCAAUACCAAAAAUCAUGUCAGCUUUUGGAAACUUUGCAAAUGACAAUGAAAUCAAGGCUUUACUGAAGACUUUUGUGACUAACCUGAAGAGCAGUUCUCCUACCAUCCGUCGAACAGCAGCUGCAUCCACUGUGAGCAUCUGCCAACAUUCACGGAGGACACAGUAUUUCUACACUUGGCUGUUGAACGUCCUGCUAGGUUUAUUGUUUCCCAUAGAAGAUGAAUAUCCUACUGUUUUAAUUCUUGGAGUGUUGCUCACCCUAAGGUAUCUGAUACCUUUACUGCAGCAGCAGGUGAAAGAUACAAGUCUGAAAGGUAGCUUUGGCAUGAUACGAAAAGAGACUGAGAUUUCCCCUUCCUUAAGUCAACUUAUACAGGUUUACGAACUGACCCUACGUUACGCUCGGCACCGGGAUCAUAAUGUUGUGACUGGUGCUUUAGAAUUACUACAACAACUUCUCAGAACACCUCCUCCUGAUCUCCUUCUGGCAUUGACCACAGCGGGGGGUCUGACUCAAGUCGGCGUGUCCGAGGAUGAGGCUUCCAGCAGAAACCGCAGUGAUAGCAUAGCGGAACUUAUAGCCGGAGGGGGGUCUUCAUGCAGCCCUGUUUUCCCCAGAAAACCAAAAGCUAAAGUUGUUUUAGGGGAAGAAGAUGGCUUGGAAGAUGAAGCUGAAGCAAGAUCUGAGGUCAGCAGCACUGAUUUUGCAGCUUCCAUGAAAAGUGAGCUGACUGGCGACUUGGCUUCUUCGUCAGGUGUGUCCACAGCAGGAUCUGCCAUGAGUUCGGUGACUGAUUCCUCUGACCGAGACAUCAUAACUGAGCAGCCACGCUCUCAGCAUACCUUGCAGCCGGAGUCAGACUUGGCCAGCUGUGAUUUAACUGGUGCAGCUGUCAAAGGAGAUGCUGAGGAUGACCUUCUGAGUGGCAGCUCCAGCCAAGUCAGUGCUGCCCCAUCAGACCCUGUAGUGGAUGUGGAUGGGGGCACUCAGGCCUCCUCUCCCCUCAGUGACAGCUCCCAGACAACGACAGAAGGUCCCGAUUCAGCCGUCACGCCAGACAGUUCUGACAUGAUUUUAGAGAGUGCUGAAAACCAGUAUUCUGGCAUGCAGAUUGGACAGCUGCAAGAUGAAGAAGAUGAAGCUACCAAUGUCCUCCAGGAAGAGGAUCCUUUCAGAAAUUCUUGUCUUGUUCUUCAGCAAUCUCAUUUGUCUACUAUGGGCCACAGUAGACAGCCAUCGGACAGCAGCAUGGACAGAUUUUCAUCAAAAGAAGAAACAGAGCCUGGUGAACAUGAAAAUAAGCUCUCCAGAAUAAAAGGUGAUAUAGGUCAUUAUACUGAUGAAAAUGCUGCUCCUCUAGUCCACUGUGUGCGCCUCCUCUCAGCCUCUUUUCUGCUUACGGGAGAGAAAGGUGUGCGGGUGCCUGACAAGGACGUCCGGGUCAGCGUCAAAGCCUUAGCGGUGAGCUGCGUGGGAGCCGCUGUCGCUCUCCACCCUGAAGCCUUCUUCAGCAAGCUGUAUAAGACGCCUCUCGAAGCUAGGGAAGAAGAGUGUGAAGAGCAGUAUGUGUCUGAUAUUGUGAAUUAUAUUGAUCAUGGAGAUCCUCAGAUCAGAGGAGCAACUGCCAUUUUAUGUGGAACGAUUGUUUGUUCCAUUCUCACGAAAUCUCGCUUUGAUGUGGAGAACUGGCUAGCAAGCAUCGCCACUUCAACUGGGAACAGUUUCUCCCUAGUAGACUGUAUACCCUUGCUACAAAGAACUCUGCAGGAUGCAUCUUCUGUUACGUGCAAGUUGACUUGCACAGCUGUAAGGCAUUGCAUCAUGAGUUUGUGCAGUAGCAGCUAUAGUGCUUUAGGUUUACAAUUAAUAGUCGAACUCCUUACAUUAAGAAAUAGUUCCUAUUGGCUGGUGAGGACUGAACUGCUGGAAACUUUGGCUGAAAUUGAUUUUCGGUUAAUCAGUUUUCUCGAAGGUAGAGCCAGCCGCUUGCACAGAGGGGCUCAUCAUUAUACAGGGCUCUUAAAACUUCAGGAUCGUGUGCUCAAUAACGUCGUCAUUUCUCUUCUUGGCGAUGAGGACCCCAGAGUGCGGCAUGUUGCUGCCGCUUCUUUAAUAAGGCUUAUCCCUCAACUGUUCUAUUGUUGCGACCAAGGUCAAGCAGACCCUGUGGUGGCAGUGGCAAGGGACCAAAGCAGUGUCUAUUUGAAAUUACUGAUGCACGAAACCCCGCCUGCUUCUCACAUUGCUGUAAGCACCAUCACCAGAACUUACAGAGGAUAUAACAUACUACAAAACCCAACAGAUGUUACAAUGGAGAACAAUCUUUCCAGGGUUAUUUCAGCAGUUUCCCAUGCUUUGACGACCUCAUCCACAAGAUCUCUUACAUUUGGCUGCUGUGAAGCUUUGUGUCUCCUGUCCACAUCGUUUCCAGUUUGUACCUGGAAUGCAGGUUGGCAUUGCAGCUUCUCAACAGCAGGUUCUCCAGAGGAACAUCAAAGGAGCUGCGCUGUUGGAAUGGCUGGUUUGGUUCUUUCCCUCCUUUCAUCUGCGUGGUUCCCACUAGAUCUCUCUGCCCAUCAAGAUGCUUUGAUAUUAGUGGGAAACUUGCUUGCAGCUAGUUCUUCAAAAUCUCUGAAAACCGCCUGGACCACUGAAGAGGACAGCAGUGCUGGUGCUGCUAAGCAGGAGGAGCCUUGGCCAGCUCUGGCUGAUCGGACUCUGGUUGUUUUGGUGGAGCAGAUUUUUUCUCACUUGCUGAAGAUCAUUAAUAUUUGUGCUCAUGUGAUGGAUGACAUCGCACCUGGCCCAGCCGUAAAGGCAACGUUACCAUCCUUAACAAAUCCACCUUCUCUGAGUCCAAUUCGACGCAAAGGAAAAGAGAAGGAAGUUGCUGAGCAGACAUCUGUAGCAAUGAGCCCUAAAAAAAGCACUGAAAACAGCCCAGCUCCAAGACAAAUGGACGCUUCAGGCCCAACUCCAACAAGCAAAUCGUCACUACUGGGCAACUUUUAUCACCACCCUUCCUAUCUGAAGCUAUAUGAUGUUUUGAAAGCGACCCAUGCCAACUACAAGGUUACACUGGAUCUACAGAACAGCACGGAGAAGUUUGGUGGCUUCCUGCGAUCUGCCCUGGAUGUUCUUUCUCAAAUUUUAGAGCUUGCAACUCUUCAAGACAUUGGAAAAUAUGUUGAAGAAAUUUUGGGUUACCUGAAAUCCUGUUUCAACAGAGAACCAAUGAUGGCAACUGUGUGUGUGCAGCAGCUGCUAAAGACAUUGUUUGGCACAAAUUUGGCUUCUCAGUAUGACUGCUUGUCUUCAAACCCCAGAGGAUCUCAAGGCAAAGCACAGCGCUUGGGCUCCUCCAAUCUGAGACCUGGCCUUUAUCAUUAUUGCUUCAUGGCACCUUACACACAUUUUACUCAAGCCCUGGCUGAUGCUAGUUUAAGGAAUAUGGUACAGGCCGAACAGGAACACGAUGCUUCUGGCUGGUUUGACGUAUUGCAAAAGGUGUCUGCACAAUUGAAAACCGGCAUGACCAGUGCGGCGAAGCAUCGUGCUGACAAGAAUAUUAUUCAUAAUCACAUUCGUUUGUUUGAGCCCCUUGUUAUCAAAGCAUUGAAGCAGUACACCACAACAACUUCUGUGCAGCUGCAGAGGCAAGUUCUGGAUCUUCUUGCACAACUGGUUCAAUUACGCGUCAACUACUGCCUUUUGGAUUCUGACCAGGUAUUCAUUGGAUUUGUGCUAAGGCAGUUUGAGUACAUUGAAGUGGGACUGUUCAGGGGAUCGGAAGCCAUUAUUCCCAAUAUAUUUUUCUUCCUGGUCCUAUUGUCUUACGAGCGCUACCACUCCAAACAGAUCAUUGGAAUUCCUAAAAUUAUUCAACUCUGUGAUGGGAUAAUGGCAAGUGGAAGGAAAGCUGUUACUCAUGCCAUUCCAGCUCUGCAACCCAUUGUUCACGAUCUCUUUAUACUAAGAGGAGCAAACAAAGCUGAUGCUGGCAAAGAACUGGAAACGCAAAAGGAGGUGGUUGUUUCGAUGUUGCUGAGGCUUAUACAGUACCAUCAGGUUCUUGAGAUGUUCAUCCUCAUACUCCAACAGUGUCACAAGGAGAAUGAAGACAAGUGGAAAAGAUUGUCUCGACAGAUUGCAGACAUAAUCCUCCCAAAGUUAGCAAAACAACAGAUGCAUAUAGAUUCGCAUGAAGCUCUGGGGGUCCUGAAUACUUUAUUUGAAAUACUAGCACCAUCAGCCCUCCGCCCAGUGGAUAUGCUUUUGCGGAGCAUGUUUGUCACUCCCAGUACAAUGGUCUCUGUGAGCACUGUCCAGUUGUGGAUAUCUGGCAUUCUGGCUAUUCUUCGGGUUUUGAUUUCACAGUCAACAGAAGACAUCGUUCUCUCUCGUAUUCAAGAGCUGUCUUUUUCACCGUAUUUGAUCUCAUGUGUAACAAUUAACAAAUUAAGAAAUCAUGAAAACGUAACUCCAACUGAAGAACAAAUUGUGGAGGAGCAGCAUAAAUAUCUACCUGAAGAGACAUUUUCCAGAUUCUUGUUACAGCUGGUGGGUAUUCUGUUAGAAGAUAUUACCACCAAGCACCUGAAUGUGGAUAUGAGUGAGCAGCAGCAUACUUUCUAUUGCCAAGAGUUGGGCACACUGCUUAUGUGUUUAAUUCACACCUUCAAGUCAGGCAUGUUCAGAAGAAUCACUGCAGCAGCCACCAGGCUUUUUACAGAAGAUGGAUCAUCUGACGGCUUCUAUACCCUUGAAAGCUUAAAUGCUCUUGUGCAGUCCAUGAUCCCCACGCAUCCUUCUUUAGUACUCCUGUGGUGUCAAAUCUUGCUGCUUGUUAAUUACACCAACUGCACCUGGUGGUCAGAAGUUCAUCAGACUCCAAAGAGGCACAGCCUUUCCUGUACUAAGUUGCUCAGCACUCAGAUUGCCGAGGGCAAUGAAGAAUCACAUUCUGAAUCAAAACUUGGUAUGUGCAAUCGAGAGAUUGUUCGAAGAGGGGCACUCAUUCUUUUUUGUGAUUAUGUGUGCCAAAAUCUUCACGAUUCUGAACAUUUGACCUGGCUGAUCGUGAAUCAUGUCCAGGAUCUUAUUAGCCUCUCUCACGAGCCACCAGUGCAAGACUUCAUUAGCGCCAUUCACAGGAAUGCGGCUGCCAGUGGGCUUUUCAUCCAGGCUAUUCAGUCACGGUGUGAGAACUUCACAGCUCCAACCACAGUGAAGAAGACCUUACAGUGUUUAGAAGGGAUUCAUCUCAGCCAGUCUGGUGCUGUGCUAAUGCUGUUUGUGGACAGACUUCUGUGCACCCCGUUCCGUGUGCUGGCUCGCAUGGUGGACACCCUGGCUUGCCGAAGAGUGGAAAUGCUUUUAGCUGCAAUGCAGCAGAACACCAUUGCUCAGUUACCACUUGAAGAACUGGACAGGAUUCAGGAAUACCUUCAAAGCAGUGGACUAGCACAGAGACACCAAAGACUCUACUCGCUCUUGGAUAGGUUUCGCCUUACGGUCGCCUUAGACACAGUGAGCCCGCCACCCUGUGUCACUUCACACCCAUUGGAUGGAGAGAGCCAGCCGACCCUGGAAACGGUCACUCCGGACAAAGACUGGUAUGUUUCACUAGUGAAUUCACAGUGCUACACGAGAUCAGACUCCUCUCUGCUAGAAGGUGCAGAACUUGUGAAUCGGCUCCCUCAACCAGAUCUCAAUUCUUUCAUGAUCCAUAAGGACUUUAAUAUAAGCCUCCUAGCUCCAUGUUUAAGCCUUGGCAUGCAGGAACUCUCCAGGGAUCAGAAGAAUCUUUUUGAAACAGCCCGGAGGGUGACUCUUGCUCAUGUGACUGCUGCAGUUCAAAAACUUCCCAUCAGCCAUCAAGUCUUUCAGCCAUUACAACCAAUUGAAACAUCUGUAUACUGGAACAAGCUGAGUGAUAUCUUUGGUGACACAGUGUUUUAUCAGUCUACAAUGGUCCUGUCGCGUGCUUUAAGUCAGUAUCUGGUGUUACUUCCUAAACUGCCAGCCUCUCUCCGCAUUCCACAUGACAAAGAAAGUGACAUUCUGAAAUUUGUUGCAAUGUCUGUAGAGAUACUUUCAUGGCACUUGAUACAUAAACAUAUUCCUUUGAGUAUUGAUCUCCAAGCUGUGUUGGAUUGCUGCUGCCUGAUGUUACAACAAUCCUGUUUGUGGAACUUGCUGGCUUCAGCCCUGUACAUGACCCAUGCAUGCUCCCUGAUCAACUGUGUACGGUUUAUUAUAGAAGCAGGUAAGUUAGCCUAA